AAAAUGAAAAAACAAAAGCAUUGUUUGACUUUAUUAUAUCUGGUUUUAAUUUGCCAAAAUGUAGAAUAUUAGGAGAAAGAGUAUUAACUAAAGUAUCAAAAAACUUGCAAAAUGAAAUUUUAAAAACUGCACAAGAUGAUGAAAAUGGUGUUAUCGCAGCAUUCGAUAGUUGA